GGGUCGCCAGCUAGCGUCGAACUCGCGUUGUUAUUAUUAUUGUUAUUAUUAUCUGUUCCCUGUUUCGAGCGUUGAAUUGGGUGAGCGAGCGAAGCAUCUCCCGCCGGCAGUCUCCCAAAUUUUAGCAAACGCACCAGUAUCAAUUCGCGGAAAGGCCAAGCCCAGCGGGAGAGGACGAAACGCUCCUGCAGCAGCAGCGGGAGCAGGAGGAGGAGGCGAUCAAGAGAGGAGGAGGCGACUUCGCUUGGAACCACGAACGAAGGGCUACGAUGUUGAGGGAUGAGAGCGCAACAUUUACUGUGGAUGAUGCCUUGCUGUCAAUGAGGUCUGGGAAAUUCCAAGCCCUCGUGCUUGCUUAUGCAGGGAUGGGUUCGGUUUCAGAAGCGAUGGAAAUGAUGCUUCUUUCGUUUGUGGGGCCUUCUGUUCGCAUGGAGUGGAAGCUUUCCUCUUAUGAGGACAGCAUGAUCACAAGUGCUGUCUUUGUUGGCAUGCUAUUAGGAGCAUAUUCUUGGGGCGUAGUUUCAGAUAAAUAUGGAAGGAGGAUGGGGUUUCUAUUUACAGCAUUAAUCACCAGUGGUGCUGGUUUUCUUAGCGCAUUUUCACCUAAUUAUCUAUGCUUGGUUAGUCUCCGUUUUAUUGUUGGUAUCGGAUUGGGAGGCGGGCCUGUGCUCACUUCUUGGUUUUUGGAGUUUGUUCCUUCUCCAAAUCGAGGUUAUUGGAUGGUUGUUUUUUCAUUCUUCUGGACUAUUGGCACAAUCUUGGAGGCUUCUCUUGCCUGGGUUGUCAUGCCAUCAUCGGGCUGGAGAUGGUUACUAGCUUUCUCCUCCGCACCGUCAUUUCUUUUGCUUCUAUUUUAUGGUUUCGUGCCUGAGUCACCAAGGUAUCUUUGCAUGAAAGGCAGAACAGCUGAUGCAAUGGUUGUUUUGGAGAGUGUGGCUGAGAUAAAUAGGGCAACCCUCCCUCCUGGCCUGCUUGCUUCUAAUCACAAAACAGAACUUGAUGAAAAUAUUUAUCCUUCUGAAGAAUCACCUUUAAUCACAUGUCGGAAGUCUGAAACAGCGACUGAUGAAGAUAUAGGAUCUAAUAUAGGAGCAAUCAGUGCAUUAUAUAAGCUUUUAUCACCAAAAUUGAUCAGAUCAACUCUUCUUAUUUGGAUGGUUUUCUUUGGAAAUGCCUUUGCGUACUAUGGCAUUGUUUUGCUAACCUCCGAACUCAGCAAUGACCACACAGAUUGCGCAUCAAAGGAGUUGCGCUCAAUCCAAACAAAGGAUGUCAACCUAUAUGAAGAUGUAUUUAUAACUAGCUUUGCUGAGGUUCCUGGGCUUCUCUUGUCAGCUGUAAUUGUGGACAGGGUCGGCCGCAAGCUUUCGAUGGCAGGCUUGCUCUCUAUAAGUUGCAUUUUUCUACUCCCACUGAUAUUUCAUCAGGAAGAAGCACUGACGACAACCCUUCUGUUUGGUGCUCGGGCAUGUAUCAUGGGAAGCUUCACAAUUAUAUACAUAUAUGCUCCAGAGGUUUACCCUACCUCGGUCCGGGUCACUGGUGUUGGAAUUGCGAGUUCGAUGGGAAGGAUUGGUGGGAUCAUUUGCCCGCUCGUGGCUGUUGGUUUGGUUCGUGGCUGUCAUCAGACUGGAGCGAUUCUUUUAUUCGAAUCCGUGAUCUUGGUCUCAGGGGUGGCCACCUUUUUCUUGCCUUUGGAGACCAGCGGCCGUGAAUUAACUGAUUCUGUACGGUAGCUUAGAAUAAAAGAGAGGGGAAUGGGUUUAAUUUCUUCAGAUACCUACUUACCCUAUAAGCCUUCAAUAUCACUUAUGAACCAAGACUAGAUAGUGAUUUGGGGAAAUGCGGAAUGGUAAAUUCCAGCCGCACCAUUCUUUGCUGCUGCUUCCUGGGAGCCGUCCAUUUCAAUUGCGUUGAGGUGGGGCAGUACUUUGACCUAAAUGCUGCUGGAUUUGUCUCUUGGUUAGACCUGUUCAACAUUUCAGCCAGCCAAAGUCAGGUUGUAGGCUCAGUCCAAGAUAUAACUAAUAUUUAUCAGACUCAGGCUUGGCCUGGCCCGGCCCGGAUUUCGGA